AAAGGGAAGUCUUCAGUUUCAUCGAGUCACCAUCUGGAAAAGACCCGGGCCCGGACAAGACCAGCGAACCUGCUACAGUACAGUCUUCAGUUCCAGAGAAGCCAGUCUGUCAUAUCUGCACUGCGACUGUCUCUGUCGACAUGAAAGUCACACUGGCAGCGGUGGCCCUGUGCUUGAUGGUGGGGGUGGCCCUGGCCCUGCCCACCCCUGUGGCCCUACCUGACCCUGAUCCUCAUCAUCAUCACCGGUUUUAUGGUGGCUACGGGGGUUAUGGAGGCUAUGGCGGUUAUGGAGGCUAUGGUGGUUAUGGAGGCUAUGGAGGCUAUGGCGGUUUUGGAGGCUACGGCAGUUAUGGUAGCUUUGGAGGAUUUGGAUUUCAGCCCUUUGGUUUCUUUGGUUAAUGUAGAUAUCGUCCAGUGAACCAACAUAUUGACUCAUGGCGACCUAUAACAUACUGACUCGUGGCAACCUAUAACAUACUGACUCAUGGCAACCUAUAACGUAACUGACUCAUGGCGACCUAUAACAUACUGACUCAUGGCAACCUAUAACAUACUGACUCAUGGCAACCUAUAACAUACUGACUCAUGGCGACCUAUAACAUACUGACUCAUGGCAACCUAUAACAUACUGACUCAUGGCAACCUAUAACAUACUGACUCAUGGCAA